GAUUUUGAAUAUGAAUAAGAACUUCAACAAGAACUUUCUUAAGGAUUCAACUAAUUACAAUAGAGCCAGUGCUUUUAAUUAUCUACCGAAAAGCACAAAGCAUUCUUUGUCUAAGAACUUUAUCCUUUCAAAGCAGACUUAUGGCUCAGGGUCGAAUAUUCUAAAGAAAUCUUCAAAGAAGACCAAGGAGCAAUUAAGGAUUAAAGGAAUGAAAAGCAGCCAGUCUCCUAUCAAGCUUGAUCAUAGCCAAGUGCCAUUCAGAGCUGAAAACUCAUUAGAUGUAGCAGGGAGGGAAAACAGCAAGUAUUCCAUUGACACAAGCCAGCGGCGGAAAGCCAAAAAGAACCAUCAGUGCUUAAUGAAGACAAAUUAUACUAAUCUGAAGAAGUUGAUUAACCAAGUCACUUCCUUAUCUCCAAGGGGUAAAUACAUAUCUUCUCCAAAGAACAGGUCAAAGAUUAUGAAAAAGAAGAAGGAAGCAGGGAAAUCAAAGAUAAUAAGAUGUAAUUCUUCCUUAACAAUGUUCCAAAACAGCAUCUCUGACGGGAAGAAGAAGACACAUUGUCAUAAGAGUCGGCAUGGGAUGAAAAACCAUCCGUAUAGUUCUACUCAAAAUUUACUGAGUUCAACUAUGGCAACUUCACAUCCAACAAUUGCUAUGUUUAACUCACUGAUAAAGAACCGAAAGAACAGUAGCAAAAAGAGGAAGAAGAGCAAGAGCAACAAAUCCAGAGCUUCUCAAGAAAAGAAUUCUGCAUCUAAUCGGCCUUCCUCGCGGACAAGUUUGGUGCAUGCCAAGCCUCUGGCUACCUCAGACACUUUACAAAAGUUCUUAAACAAGCCGAAAGGGGACAUUAAUACACUGGUGAUUAAUAUAUGUAAUGAUAAACCUCUUAUGAUCAAGGUUAAUAAAGAUGGUCAUGAGAAUAAAGAGAUUCUGCUAAAUUGACCCAAGAAUCUUCCAAGGAAGCAUAAAAAUACAACUCCUCCCUUCACAAAGGACCUGGAGGCCCUCAAACAGAGGUUUACAAGAGUGCUUAAUGGCUACCAGCAGAGGCUUCAUAGAGAUCAUGAUGCGUAAUUUCUUACUUCUAGCUCUAUGAUCAUGAAGCAAUAGGAGUAAGUUUAUAAAGAUUCUGUCCAAUUUUUGAGAAAUC